AUGGGCUCCAGGCGCAGGGCCAAGGCGAGGGCCGCGGCCCGGCGGCAGCGCGCGGCCGAGCGCUCCGACGACGCCCCGCGAGCGCCAGCCACCGGGGAGGCGGGCGCAGCGGCCGGUGCGCAGUCGGAGAUCACGCUGCGGGAGUUUGAGGGCGCCACGCGCGCCCCCGGCAGCGCGGCGGACUUCGGGGGCCGCGUGCUCGACCUCAGCGGGGUGGAGGGCGGCAUCGAGCUCACAGUCGGCGACAAGACGGUCUCGAACUGCACGAUCAAGUCCGGGCCCGUGUACGUCACCGGCCUUUGCGAGGACGGCGCAAUGCGCUUCGGGCUGCGCUUCGUGGACGUCACGUUCCAGGGCUCCGCCGCGCCGGCCAGCAGCGGCAGGGAGCACCCGGCCCGCGCGGCCAGCGAGGAAGUCGCCGUCACGGGCAUGGUGCUGUGCGGGCAUGGCGCGGAUGGCGUGGUGUUCGACCGGUGCCGGUUCGCGAACGCGGCCGCGCGCGAUUGCCCGCGCGUCGUGGCCGACGACGUAGAGUGGAAGCUGUUCGCCGGUCUGUGCGUGCGCGGCGUGGUCGACGUCCAGGUCGAGGGUUGUUGCUUCGUCGACAACUCCGGGCCUGGUGUGGCGGCCAUACACCAGGACACCGCCGUCGCGGUGAAGGACUCGCAGUUCGUGCGGAACGACACCGCCGGCGCGUGGGCGUACGAUGAGGCCGCGAUCGACCUCGCUGCGUGCGUGCUGGAGGCCCACAGCAAGUACGGCGUGUGGGCGACGGGACGCGGCUACAUUCGCGCUGCGGGGACGACGAUCCGCGGCAACCCGCUUGGCGCCUACGCGUGCCAUCGGGGGCGGGUCGCGCUGGAGGGGUGCCGGGUGGCUGACAACGAGGCUGUGGGGCUGUGGGCGAGCGAGGGCGGGAGGUUGACGGCAAACGACGUGGCGUGCUCGGGAUCGCGAGUUGGCGGAAUGGCCAGCGACGGUGGGUCGCUGCGUCUGACGCGGUCGACGUUCCGGGAGAACGCCCCGCACUGUCUCGGUGCGGUGGGGCGGGGGGCUAUGAUUCGUGGGUCUGACGUGGAGUUGCGCAAGGACUGGCAGAGCUGCGUGAGAGCUCGGGACGGCGGGCGUGUGUUGCUGAAGCGCUGUCGCGCGAGCGGCGGGGGCGCCGAGGAAGACGGGACGGCGACGGCAGACAACGCCCUCCCCUCGACUGUCUUCUUGAAGGAAAUUGAGUUCUCCAGCUAG